AUGUCCUCCGAUAACAACAAUAAACGCAAAAACCCAAGUCCAUCCGUCGAAAAAAACCUGGAGGGCGAGGGUCGCAGCGUAAAAGAAGGAGAUGAAGAUCGGCAUGCGGAGCGAACGGUGACCGUGCGCCCAGAGGUCUCAGCACAACCAACAGCAAUCUUUAAGCUAAGGUCUUCUCUUCGUCUCGUGUACGAUGUCUGUGCGGUGGUUUCUGCAAGUCAUGUUAUUUUGGUCCUUACUGGUACCUGGGUGUUUCUGUUUGGUCUGUUUCUCGCCUUGUCCUGGGCGACUACCGCCGCGUCCUCCCCAGACUGCGGAUUUAAUGGCGGAUAA